UUGUUUAAUGCAUUAGAGUGUUGGAGGAGGAGUCAUCGACAGAGCACUAUUUAGAAACAGUAGUCUGAGUACAAACCCUCGAAAAAUACGCAGAAAAACGCUUUUAUUAUCACUCUCUCUCUCUCUGCACAAGGAAAGAAAAAUAAAAUUCACAGUUACAAAAUCUAUUCGAAUCGCUCUCUCUCUCUCUCUCCGUUUCAAGAUCUAAUUUUUCUGCAAGCAUCUGAUCUGGGUUGUUGUGGAAAGGAAGCUUUUGCUUUGAGCUAUGACUCGUUUGUAAUCUUCGCUGUUUGAUUUGUUGCUGUUAGAAAAACACUUCCUCUGCAUAAUCUCUGUGUUGUUAAUUUAAUGGAGCAAGGUUUGGGUUCUGAUUCAAAUCACCAUGGGCCAAUUGACAAAUCUAGGGUUUUAGAUGUGAAGCCAUUAAGAUGCCUUGUCCCAGUUUUCCCCAAUUCAUCACAGGGCAUGUCUUCAAUUUCAACUCCUCAGCCCUCUCCAUUUGUCUGUGUACCUCCCUCCGGCCCAUUUCCCUCUGGGGUCCAACCAUUUUACCCGUUUUUAUCUCCAAACGAUUCUCAAAACGGUGCUCAACAAAACCAACCCGCUAAUUUCGGUUUCGGUGGCAGUAUCCCAGCUCCAGUUCCACUGAAUUCAUUCCGAACCCCAACUUCUCACGCAAAUGGGGUAACGGGUCGACCCAAGCGGGUCCCAAAAACCCGCGCAUUCGGAUCUGGAUCUGCCGCCGGAGACGAUGACGUGUACAGCGACUCGCAGAAUCAGAGCGACCAAUACACGAGCGCUGACAUGGCGGACACCACUAAUUCCGGGAAGCAAAGGGGCAGGCCAAAGAGGGGCCGAUCUGGUGGGCCGGGCGAAGACUUUGAUGUCGAAUUGCUUGUCAACGGCUUCUUGACUUUGUUCAAGCUCAAGGAAUUCGAUGACUUCAGAAGAACAAAUGGGGACAAGGAUACAGUUGGCACGAUACUAUUGGUCUUCGAUAUGCUCCGUAGAAGGCUGACUCAGCUCGAAGAAUCGAAGGGCGUGACGGCCGGAAUCGCCAGACGCCCGGACUUGAAAACUUGCAAUCUUCUCAUGACAAAAGGUGUUCGAACAAAUAACACAAAGAGGUUCGGCCAUGUGCCUGGAAUUGAAGUCGGCGAUAUAUUCUUCUUCCGGAUGGAGUUAUGCCUUGUGGGAUUACAUGCACCUAGCAUGGCUGGAAUAGACUAUAUGAGUGUAAAGGUAACCAUGGAUGAAGAGCCAUUAGCUGUAAGCAUCGUUUCUUCAGGUGGAUAUGAUGAUGAUGGGAAUGACAGUGAUGUCAUAAUCUACAGCGGUCAAGGUGGGGUCCAGAGAAGAGAUGGGCAAAUGUUCGAUCAGAAGCUGGAAAGGGGAAAUCUUGCCCUCGAAAAGAGUCUCCAUCGAGCCAAUGAUGUGAGAGUGGUGAGGGGUAUAAAGGACAUUGUUGGAAAUGGGAAGAUUUACGUUUACGACGGUGUGUACAAAAUUCAAGAAUCUUGGGCGGAGAAGAAUAAAUCGGGCUGCAAUGUUUUUAAGUAUAAGUUGGUUAGGGUACCUGGUCAAGCAGAGGCCUUUUCGAUUUGGAAAUCGAUUCAACAAUGGAAAGACGGAACUGCCACUAGGCCUGGGGUUAUAAUUCCCGAUUUAACCUCCGGUGUAGAGAGCCUGCCUGUCGCCCUCGUAAAUGACGUGGAUGGCGAAAAGGGGCCCGCUCAUUUCACCUAUGUUUCUGCUCUCAGAUACUCACAGCCCUUUUCGAAUAAUAACAAACCCUUUUCUGGUUGUCACUGCUUGGGUGGGUGCCAGCCUGGCGAUACAAACUGCCUGUGCAGUCACAGAAAUGACGGUGUGCUCUCUUAUUCGUCCGUAGGGUUGCUUUACACUAGCAAGAAUUUGGUGCACGAGUGUGGGCCCACUUGCUCUUGCCCUCCGAAUUGUAGAAACCGUUUGUCUCAAUCGGGUGUGAAAAUCCGUCUAGAGGUUUUCAAGACCAAGAACAGGGGGUGGGGGCUUAGGUCGUGGGACCCGAUUCGUGCGGGGGGUUUCAUCUGUGAGUUUGCUGGAGAUGUUGUUAAAGUGACCGAUGGUGACUUUGUGAAUGCGAAUGACGAUGAUUAUAUAUUCGAUGCUACAAGGUAUUACGAGCCGUUGGAGCUCGUUCGCGAUUCUAACAAAUCCAAGAAAGCUCCUUUUCCACUAGUUGUGAGUGGGAAGAACAACGGGAAUGUGGCUCGAUUUAUGAACCACAGUUGUUCGCCGAAUGUGUAUUGGCUGCCGGUUCUGCGCGAGAGCAAUAAUGAUGUGUUCAUGCAUAUUGCCUUCUUCGCUAUUAGACAUGUUCCCCCCAUGCAAGAGCUGACGUAUGAUUAUGGGAUAGUUAUGCCUGAAAAUGGUGGAGACGGAGGAAAGAAGAAGUGCUUAUGUGGAAGUGACAAGUGCAGAGGGUACUACUAUUGAUGAUGUGGCGGUUAUUGCAAUGGAUGGGAUAUUUUGGUGCUCGGUUACUUUGGAGAAAGGUACGAUGUAAGCUGUCAUUUGGUAUUAUGUAGAAGUCGAAGAUAUGCAGUGUUUUCGACGUAGUAGGUUAUGGAAUCGGCGAUUAGUAGUUUGUGAUUUGUGUAGUUUGUAAUAUUGUACCAUAAUGUUAGAAUUGUGUUUUGAACUUCUAUGUGGGGGGGCCAAAACUUCUGGAAACUUCCUUUUGUGUUUGGCUGCCCCCCCGCCCCUCUUGUUGUUUUUAGUAGGUCUUAACUUCUCAGGAUGGUUGGAAAUUUGGAGGAGACCUGUGCUUUUGUAGACUAAUAAUCAUUUGUGAUGUUAAUGAAAUAUUUAGCCUUGUUCCUAAUUAA